AUGCGUCCAACCACUUAUCUUGUCGGCUUCCUGGCUGCCGCAACGGCAAUCCUUGCUACACCCGACAUCUCUGGCCUGCCUCAGGAAAUCCAAGAUUGCAUCAUCGGCAACCACCACACCGGUGUGGACUGGAUGGGCAAAUAUCAUUGGGAGAGUCUAUCGGACGAGAAAUUCUGCAAGAUCGACAACAAGUGGGCGACCUGGAUGGAUGACAAAUGUGGUGGCCACAAUAUUGGCAAGGGUGCACAAGGCAAGAUGUGUAAGAGACAGCCUUAG